GUCGUUUCCAUGAUAAAGAUGGUUUCAUGGUUUCAUGGUGGCCAAAUGUGAUUGUCGAUAUGUAUAAAGAAAGGGCAGCAUGUUUCAUUAGUCAGUUUAACCAAUAUAAAGUUAUAGAAUUGGAGAAGAUAAACAAAACCGUUUACGGACCUGGAGAACAAACUCAGAGCGAAAACAUUGCUGAUUCCAGCGGUCUUCAAACUUUAGCCGCUGUUUAUCGAGCAAAAGCUGCUCAGCGAGGGCACGAGGAGCCACGAUUGCCCUAUUUAACAAAGUACACGAAUGAACAAGUUUUCUUUAUGUCGUUUGCAAAUUCAUUUUGCGACAAUAUGAGACCAGAGAUGAUGUUGUUCCAAACAGAAGUGGACCAGCACAGCACUCUACAUUUAAGAGUGAUCGGCUCAAUAGCAAAUACCCAAGAAUUUGGUGAAGCCUUCAAUUGCUCAGCAGGAACUCCAAUGAAUCCAAAGAAAAAAUGUAACUUAUGGAAAUAAAUCCCAAGAGACGCUACUGCUCCUCUAGCGGAAAAUGGUACUACUUGGCAAAUUCCGAGAUAACUGUGCUGCCACGGAACGACAGGCAGUGGAAAAACUUGUGACCUUGCAAACGUCACUGCUGUGCGUGUCGUGACAGUCACGGCUCUGUGAUUGUCAUGCAACCGUAUUCCAGUAAUGUUGAACGUUAGGAUCAUCUGGAGUCGUGUCUCAAUAAAAAUGUCAUACUUCACGUAAGGAAAUGAAGGCUUUUUUACAGAGAAAUACAUACAAAUAGGAAAUAGAUAACUAUGACCUCACACAACAAAAGAACUCGACAUUUAGAAGUACUUAUGCAUUAACGUAUUGCAUGUAGUGGAACAUCCCACAAGAACCGUGUAGCUGGCUGUCUCUGCCAGUGGCACAUUAUGUUUUCUCUACCACGCAGCGACGUCACAACAUACAUUAGAGCUCAUAGCGAAAAUUCGCUCAAGUUUUGUACAAGGGAAAUCUCAUUGAUAUCUUCGUAUGUCGCACCCAAAAGUGUCGAGUUUGUGUACUCAAUAACAAUCCUCAGUAUUAGAA